CUACUGAAGCUGGCCAAACCUUUUACCAAACCCAACAGCGACCAAUCCAAUCCACGUAUCCCCUCCCAACCAGAGCAGCCCACCACCACCGCCCACGCCGCGCGCACGCGGCCCCCUCUCCGAUGCGCGCCGCCGAGCCGACUCCGCCGCCGCCGCUGUCGCUGCCCCAGCCAAGGUAGCUAUGUACACGGUGCACCCGCACGCGGCGGCGACGUCAGUCACCCUCAACUGCACGGAAGCACCGCUCGAGUGCCUCCCCCUCUGCCCCGGCGGCGGCAAGGCCUGCUCCGAGUACGCCCUGCCCCCGCCGCCCCCUAUCCCGGUGAUCCCGCGCGCGCCGGUCGCCGACCGCCACGCGCCCGUCCGCCUCCUCCUCAUCAUCUCCCUGCUCUCCGCCUUCCUCUUCCUCUCGCUCGCGCUCUCCACGCUCCUCCUCUACCGCCGCCGCCGCCUCAUCCUGCGACGCCGCCGGCGCCUCGCCGCGGCCGCCGCUGAGGGUGCCGACGACGGAGGGUUCGGCGACGAGGAGGAGGGCGGAGGCGGUGGAGGGGUGGUGCACCACGUGUGGUACAUCCGGACAGUGGGGCUCGACGAGGCCACCAUUGCGUCCAUAGCCGCAGUGGAGUACCGCCGCGGGGUGGGCCGGGGCGGGGACUGCGCGGUGUGCCUCGGCGAGUUCAGCGAUGGGGAGCUGGUGCGCCUGCUCCCGCGCUGCGCGCACCCGUUCCAUGCGCCCUGUAUCGACACCUGGCUCCGCGCCCACGUCAACUGCCCAAUCUGCCGUUCCCCCGUCGUCGUCAUUCCCUCCGAUCUCCCCGUCGGUGCCGCGGAGGCUGAGGCAGGUGGUGACCCAUCGGGAGAACACCAUGCUCACGAGGAAAUGUCGUUGUCUCAAUCUGAAUCGGAGACUGAGGGCUCAGAGGACUACGAGGACUCGUCAUCCACUCAAAGUGACGGCACAACGGCAACAGCGGAGGAGAAUGGAAGGGCCACUCCCAAGCCUAUUAGGCGCUCGGCAUCCAUGGAUUCUCCAUUGUUUCUCGUAGCUGUUCCUGAAGCUCAGGAUGAUGUCAUGCAGUAUAAUUGCAAGUUGCCAAAUGCUCGAGAGAUGAAGGUCUUCAGGGUCAAGGAGAAGGAGGCAGCAGGCACUUCUUCGACCUCUUGUCAGUCAGGCCGGUUCAAGAUUGGCAGGUCCAUGUCAAGCAGUGGGCAGGGGUUUUUCUUCUCACGGAAUGGCCGCUCCAGUGGUGCUGUGCUGCCACUGUGAGUUGGUAUGUUUUUACCGUCGGUUGCAGCCUCAGCAAAGCCGGGAGCUGGUAGUGUGUCGGUGUCUGUUGAUAGAAGGCGCAGAGAGCUGAGGUUGCUCUCAGAGAAAAUCUCCUUUGAGGUGUGAAUUAUUGAUGAGAACAAUUGUUGCCGAUAAGGAUUGCUUGAGUGAUACGGUUAUGUUAGCUUCAAAGUCCCAAGUUUCCUGUAUGAUAACUCCAAGCUUGGCUUGAGUGAAUUUGGGGGAAGCUGAUGUUUGGCAUCUCCAUAGUCCAUAUAUACCUGUUAUGUACGAGUAAUCAUGCAAGAAGGAAUGGACUUUCACCUGUAUCAACUCUAUUUGCUUAAA